UGUCAUUCCGUCCCGGUUGCUUGCCUUCCAGAUAUUAACAUCCUGUCAUUUGUAGUUUAGACUUGUAAUCAAGUGCGACUUAUAUUUUCCCAACUUCCUCAAGCAUUGUUUGAACUCGCGUAACUAGUGUAGAAUACUGGUACAAAGAUUUUGAUCAAAUCAUACACCUUUAACACUCGUCGGAAAGGAAUUUAUGAGUAUAUCGAAAGAGUAACAUCUUAGACAAGUCAACAUAUUUUGCUUAACAUCGCACAGAUAAUUUUGUGGAUUGUUAAAAAUACAACGGAUUGAAAAGGAGCAAACAUGGAUUUAAAGCAGAUUCUUGGUUUUGUUGGCGUUGGAUUAGCUGGAUUAAAUGUGCUAUUUUGCGUUCUAGCACUCGCUCUUGACAGCUGGAUAGAUGAAGUAUUUCUCGAUGUAGGACUUUGGAAAGGCUGGACAGUGACUGCAGACUGGCUGCAUGCCACCCGAGCCAUGGUGUUUCUGGGGCUGUUCUGUAUGAUAGGGGCCCUCGUGACAGCCAUACUGUACGUCUUCGUCAAAAAGGAUGACAAAAUGUUCCUCUUCAUUACCAUCGGCCUGUCAGGCAUUGCAGGCCUGUUCAUGAUGAUUGGCUUCGCUAUAUUCGCUGACGAGACAUCAUAUUUGCCCUAUGACUACGGUGCCGGAUUCGCACUGUGUGUGAUUGGAUGGCUCCUUGCUUGGGGUGUAGCCGGGCUUUUCGCCUUCAUGUUUAUUCUGUCCAGAGGAAGUUCUGCUCCCAGUUAGAUAGCUUGUCAUAUUAACAAAAAGGUGACCGUAUCUGUCAAAGGUGAUCACUCACCCCUUACUUCAAACACAAAAUAUAACUGAAACUACAUGAAUAACCCUAUUAAAAAACUUAGUAUCAUACACUAAACGAGAUACAACCGCGUACAAAACAUUACAGGUUGGCCACACAUGCGUCGAAAUAUCUUCAUUUACAAAUUUUCACAUUCGCCUAGUACUUUGUAAAGAUAAAACUUGACGUUUUUAUUGUAUAACACACAAGGAAUUAUGACGUCAUUGUUUGUUUCAAUAUUACACUUCGAUCGGAUUAGCGCGGCGUCAUUUAACCAAUGAUAUAAGACGUUACAAAAAAUCAGCUAUUCUUUUAUACAAACGUAUAUUGUCAUGAAAUUUGCUUGCGUUCCCCACUGCGUUCAUACAGCAUAAACGCACAAAAAAUGCGAUCAACCCUUAAAUGUUUAGGUACCACCUAAGGGUUAGGGUAAGGGUUAUGGUUAGGGCCAGUGAUACAGUUAACUGGGGUGUCAACUAUUUGAUGGGUACAUAACGUCACACUUGUCCCAACAUUUAUAAACAAUUGCAAAAAUAAAAGAAUAAGCCUCAUCGGGGAUAGCAAUGGAAAAAAAUCAUGAAAACUGAUAAACCAACUACUCAGCGACAAAAACCAUGUCCAAUUUCAUAAUUAAAAAGAAUGCAGAAUUAUUGUUGAUGAUUCCUGACGCCAUGCAAACAAUGACAUGUAUUUAAAGUAAGGAGUGAUGACCACUUUCAGAUAUAUGAACCUAUAUUUGAGCAAUGUAUUGAAUAUAUUGAUGCAUAGAGAUGUUUUUAUCUUAUUUUGUACGCUCUGUUUCUUCUUCAACUACUACUGUAUACCAAGUUGAAAGCAUUACAUCAUGACGCAUCUUAUGUCUUUAACAUGUAAUCUUUAAUAAAUUUAAUUAAUUAUUGCUAUAACAUACUUUUUUCUCUUUAGGUAUUUCACUAAUUUUAAUUAAUUAGAUCUGUAUGAAUCUCGUCCAGUCGUCUUUACAUUAUUUUCACUAUUGAACCUUUAUAGCCGGUGAUCCGAAUUCAAAGUUCGUAUCUUUAAAUAAAAUAUUGUUUUAUAUUGUGUAUAUGUAUCAAAAACAUCAAUAUUUCAAAGUACGUCUUGUAUUGUCAAUUCAUGCUUUGUGCUUAUGGGCGCAAGUUUCACCAGUAUUCAAACGCUUUUUUCAUGAACAUAAUGCUUUAAAAUUGCUAAUAGUAUAUAUGAAUAUAUGUUUAUAUGACUUGUAUACAUAUUUUAGAAAUUAUUAUUUUAAUAAAUUUAAAACAACAA